CACACAAGUUGUUACUAAUCUAAUUAGUACUAAGAGCAAGAAUUGGGCCUACUAUUAAGGAGAUUGGUAAUAAAGAAAGACAGCAAAGCCGAAGGCCGACUAGAAGCAGCAAAAAUGGUGGAGCAGCAAUUUUAAGCACAUCUCUUUCUCCAUCUAGCUCAUCAAAAACGCCACAACCAAUCAACCAAAACCUUAAAAAUUAAAAUCUAGUGGCCAUAGUUUAUCGUUAGACUAAUACACACUAUCAAUUUCCAUCACGGCCUUUUGGCGUAUAUGCUAGAAGAAUUAUUUUUUAUGAAUUCUAUACCAUUUCUUUUGUCCAAUAGGAAAACUUGUACGGGAAACAAACCAAAAACGUGAUAUAUUAACUUUUCUUCGAGGGGUCAGGAUUUUAGAGGGAAGACUUUUAAGUGGGAGAGAGAUUUUACAUUAAAGAAGAAGAAGAAGAAGAAGGCCAGCCAACAAGGAGGGGUCAGGGAAUGAAACAGGGAGGUCCCUUUUUCUGGAUAUUUUGACUAUUUGAGGUGUUUUAUAAAUUGGGUUUUUUUUUCUGUUUCAAGUUUUAACACUCGCACAGAAAAAAAAGUUUCAAUCUUUUUCAAGGGAAUUUGGAGAAAUUGUAUUUUGAUGGUUUCUCUCGCUUCAUUUCAAAUCCUUGAAAUUUGUAAGGAUGCUGCUGGAGUUGCAGGAAACAUCUUUGCUUUCGGCCUCUUUGUCUCUCCGAUACCUACAUUUCGAAGGAUUAUAAGAAAUCAGACAACCGAACAGUUCUCUGGUUUGCCGUAUAUAUACGCUCUCUUAAAUUGCUUGAUCUGUGCAUGGUAUGGCUCGCCCCUUGUGUCCCCAGACAAUUUACUGGUUACCACAGUCAAUUCAAUUGGUGCUGUUUUUCAAAUGGCCUACAUAAUUCUCUUCUUGACACAUGCUGAGAAGGAGAAAAAGCUAAAGAUGCUUGGCUUGCUGCUCGCAGUUUUCAGCGUAUUUGGACUGAUUGUAGUUGGCAGCUUGCUCAUAGCUGAUUUUGAAUUCCGGCAUCUCGCCAUAGGUUUUCUUAGUUGUGCUUCCCUUAUAUCUAUGUUUGCAUCUCCAUUGUUUGUGAUUAAUCUUGUAAUCAGAACAAGGAGUGUUGAGUAUAUGCCAUUUUACUUGUCGCUGUCCACCUUCUUGAUGAGCACAUCUUUCUGUUUGUAUGGCAUCUUCAGUUUUGAUCCCUUUAUAUACGUUCCAAAUGGUAUAGGCACAUUCUUGGGAAUUAUACAACUGAUAUUAUUUGCAUACUACAAAAGUGCAUCUAGUGAAGACUCCAGAGAACCUUUAUUAGAGUCUUAUGCAUAAACUGGGAAAUGUCAAAAGCUGUCUGCAAGUGUCUAUUUUCCGUUAGGUAAUCAGUGCCGAUCUGAUCUGAAUAAGUUGCCAAAAACUGGGGAUGAUCUCAUGGAAAACAAUUGUUUUCCGUUGGCAUGAGUAAUGAAUUGUUCUGUCGCCAAACUACCCAGCCACCUCCCUUUCUUAGGUGGUCUUGCUCUUCAGCUGUCGAAUGAAGGAUCAUGGUGCAUCUGGAGAUAUGCUGUUCCAAAUGUUUGUGAAUGUAUGUAGUUUUGAUUUGUGUGUGUGUAUUUCUAUUUUUUUACCUUCUUCUUUCCUUUUUUUUUUUUUUGUUUUUUUGAUGUUAUCAUCCUUCUUCCUGCUCAUUCUUUUUGAUUUAUAUUGUUGUAUAUAAUUGCCGAGCAGUCAUACUGAAUGAAAUUGACUGCUGAUUGAUGCAUUCAUGAAGACUGAAACCUGUUCAGUUCUCUCUCAGUUCUGUAUGAAACUUUGUUUGUGUUCUGAUAUCUUAAUAAAUUGGAGUUGGAACUUGGAAUGCAUUGAGCCCAAAAGCCUGCUCUUAAAGGCAGUGGAAAGACACUCCACGACAACAAAAGUAUGAAUCACACUAUGAAAGAGAUGAAGGAUUACGGAUAAAACAAAUGCAUAAGAGGUGAGGCUGAACUGUAUUGACUAACACACCAAAUGGAGUAUAUAUUAUUGUAGGUUUUAUUAAUAAUGUCAUAGCCGGCAUAGCCGAAGGACGGUUUCACACUCAACAGUGAUUAGGAGUGUCUUGUUGCAGUUGAGCAGAAGGCAGAUGAUCACUUGAGAAAGAUAAAAUCAUGUACAGCACUUUGGACAAUUUCUUUUAGAAACUAUAAAUUUACUGGUUAAGAAAGACUGUGCUGCACCGUGAAUGGUUAAGUGAAGCCUAUGAUCCAGA